AUGGCAGAACCAUCACCAUUACCAUUCAUAUACCAGUUUGCUUCUGGAGCUAUUGCAGGAGUCUCUGAGAUUCUUGUUAUGUAUCCUUUGGAUGUCGUCAAAACAAGACAACAAUUGGACUCUACCAAUGCUACUAAAGGUACUAUCAAUUGUAUUAGAACAAUUAUCAAAGAGGAAGGUGUAUCACGUUUAUACAAAGGUAUCACGGCCCCUAUCUUGAUGGAGGCUCCAAAGAGAGCCACCAAAUUUGCUGCUAAUGACGAAUGGGGAAAAUUUUACAAGAACUUUUUUGGAGUUACUGCUAUGACUCAACCUUUGGCUAUUCUUACAGGUGCCACUGCCGGUGCCACUGAAUCGUUCGUUGUUGUUCCAUUUGAAUUGGUCAAGAUCAGAUUGCAGGACAAAACCACUAAAUUCAAUGGUAUGGGUGAAGUUAUCAAGGAUAUUAUUCAAAAGAAUGGUGUUUUAGGAUUAUACAAGGGUCUUGAACUGACAAUGUGGAGACACAUUUGGUGGAAUGCUGGUUACUUUGGAUGUAUUCAUCAAGUCAAGUCAUUGAUGCCUAAACCAAAAGACAACAAACAAAAGAUAUUAUUUGACUUGACAUCGGGUACAAUUGGAGGUACUUUUGGUACGGUUUUGAAUACGCCUUUUGAUGUUGUCAAAUCCAGAAUCCAAGCUGGUUCUUCAAGAUACAGAUGGACAUACCCUUCAUUGGCCAUGGUAUAUAAGGAAGAGGGAUUUGGUGCAUUGUACAAAGGUUUCAUUCCAAAAGUUUUGAGAUUGGGUCCAGGUGGGGGUAUUUUGCUAGUCGUUUUCACUGCAUGCAUGGACUUUUUCAGAAAUUUCCACGACAAAAACUAG